GAUGGAUCAAAGUAUGUUCAGAGUGAGCUCUCUGUGGAUGGACAACGUGUAACGUACAACAUGUCUGAAGAGAAAAACCCAACUUCAACCAUCAAUGAUCUAAGAGAGAGUGAUGCAAACACUUACUGCUGUAUGAAGACUACAGACAGACCAGGACUCUGUUGGUACAAUGGAAUUACUCUUCAGGUUGUUACAGAGCUGCAGGUAAAGGUGAUUCCUGCCACAGAGGGACAGACAGUAACACUGAUGUGCAGCAGCAGCUGUCCUCUGACUGAAAAGCCUGCAGCCUACAUCUGGUACAAGAACAGAGAGUUUCUCUAUGAGGACUGGUCUCCCUGGUACCAAGAGCUGCUCAGCAGUGAGGAAGCAGUCACAUACUCCUGUGCUGUCAAAGGCUACGAGGAUCUCAGAGCCCCUGAAGUCUCUGUGGAUUCCAUCACAGCAACCUGCUUCAGUGUGACCUAUGCUAAAGGAAGAAUGUGUUCUUCUCAGCAGACAUCAGUAAAUGAGCCGUGCUCCAUCACAUAUCCCAGAGAGGUUCACAUAAUGAGGACUGCAGAGGAAAAAAAGGGGUCUGUCACAUUGACCUGUAACACCAGCUGUAACCUGACUUACCCUCAAACUGCCUACAUUUGGUACAGAAAUAGAGAAAGCUAUAGUGAGAAUCAACAUUUUAUUGCUGAAUAUCGGCCUAAUUUGUGGAACUGGGGACCAAAUGUCUUUUGUGCAGUUAAAAGCAACGAGUAUCUUCUGUCUGCAGAAGUCUGUGUUCAUUAUGAAGUAAACUGCUCAGCUGUGAAUUAUGUCAGCAGGAGAAUCUGUGCUCUGGAAGGAUCUUCAGUGAACAUCACAAGUGAAUACUCACAUCCUGAUAACAUGAAGCCAAAGUUUAAAUGUUGGAGUAAAAAAUGGAGAAAAGAUAAAGUGGAAGUUGAAGAGCUGAUUGAGGCUGCAGGUCGUGUGGAGUAUCAGGACAACAUGAAGAACCAACACAUCCUGACCAUCAACAACCUGAAGAAGAAUGACUCAGGAGGAUACACAUUCAGAUUCAAGAAAGAUCAUGAAGGAUGGACACAGUCUGAUCUGCCUGGAGUCUUUUUGAUUGUCACAGAGCUGAGAGUGAAGAUGAGUCCUUCUGCAGUGGUGACAGAGGGUCAGAGAGUCACACUGACCUGCAGUACCAGCUGUUCUCUGACUGACAACACAAACUACAUUUGGUACUUGAACAGUCGACCUCUGACCCCGAGAGAGAACCAGAACAAACAUCUGAUCCUAGACCCAGUCAGCAGGGAGGAUGCAGGAAGCUACUCCUGUGCUGUGAAAACCAACAAAGAUAUCAGCUCUGCUCCAAAGACUCUCACUGUCCAAAGUAUCACAGGAACAUGGACACCAGCAGCUGCAGGAGUUUCUGCAGCUCUGCUGCUUUUAAUACUUCUCACUGUCUGCUGGUGGGUUAGGAAAAAGAGAACUCCUGGUCAGUCUCCAACAACUGAAAGGUCUGACCAAAGUGAACAGCUCAGUCCUGGUCCUGUGUAUGAAGUCACCUCAGCACAAUCAAAGGAAGAGGAUGAAGUCCACUACAGCAGAGUCCACUUCAAAAACAAGCUUGUGGUUCCUCUUUAUUCCACCGUACAGUCACAUCAGCCCAGAGAACAGGAGCCUGUCCAUUAUGCUGCUGUCAGCUUUAGAAAUUAACUGAGCUUUGAUGGAGCAUCUGGUGUCACUCCAACAGGUACAGACACACAGAUUUAUUCUGGUUUAAAGCAUUGAGGAAACAUUGUCUUUGUCAAACAUACAAAGACUCAUGCACCUAUUGUGUGUAUCAAACUUCAUUUAUAUGAUCUAUACAUUUAACUGAUAAAAAUAAGAACAUAGGGUUUGAAAGGGACCCAGUCCUCUCUUGAACCCCCAGACUUCUCUUCCUGAGGCUUUAUGACAGAAUUUCAUAAACCUGUGAGAGGUUUGAGCAUGCAUAAUGUACAUUUUAUAUUUUUUCUGUUUUUUGUAAUUCCUCCCCAUUUUUAAACUUUAUCUGCCAAUCGACUGUUUCUGCAAACUGAUUUUUUUAAAUAGAAUUUAUUGUUAAAUGUUUUACAAAAAACCUACAUUUGAUUCUCUGUAGUAAUUUGCCUGAAUGUCUUAAUUUUGUGACUACGCUCUGAAGUAAAUACACAA